AUGGCAUCAACCAUGCCGUUCUCCGCUGGCCUCGUUUCUCUUGGGUCUCCGCCGCCGCAGCGCCACAGCUGCAGGUUCCAGCGAUAUCAUCGACCGGGCACUCUCAUUUCAUCAGCUAUAAGGCAUGGUCAGGUUAAAGCUAUGGCUGGAGUGAGCAUGGAUGGCUUGGCACAGCCUCAAGCCCCAGUUGCAGUGGUUACCGGAGCAUCGAGGGGGAUUGGGCGAGCGAUAGCUGUGGCUCUUGGCAAAGCAGGGUGCAAGGUAGUUGUGAACUAUGCCAAGUCAGGCAUGGAAGCUGAAGAAGUGUGCAGAGAGAUCAUGGAGUCCGGUGGCACUGCCAUCUCCUUUUCAGCCGAUGUCUCCAUUGAAGCCGAGGUUGAAACCAUGAUGAGAGCGGUAAUUGAUACUUGGGGAACGCUGGACGUGAUGGUGAACAAUGCAGGGAUCACGCGAGAUGCUCUGCUAAUGCGGAUGAAGAAGGCGCAGUGGCAGGAAGUAGUGGACGUAAACCUUACCGGUGUUUACCUCUGCGCCCAGGUGAGAUGUGCUGUUCACUUGGCCUCCGUAAUGGGCAUCAAAUAUGCUUUAAAAAUCUUGUUUCAGGCUGCGGCGGCAGUGAUGAUGAAGAGGAAGAAGGGAAGAAUCAUCAACAUCGCCUCAGUUGCCGGGAUGAUCGGCAACAUUGGCCAGGCCAACUACUGCGCCGCCAAGGCCGGGGUGAUUGGAUUGACCAAGGCCAUGGCCCGGGAAUACGGUGGCAGAAACAUAAAUGUGAAUGCAGUUUCCCCGGGCUGGGUCGCGUCUGACAUGACCGCAAAACUAGGCGACGACAUCGAACGAAAGGCGCUCGAGACAAUACCACUAGAGGAGAUUGCUGGACUGGUGGAGUUCUUGGCUGUUCAUCCGGCUGCAAGCUACAUGACCGGGCAGGUGCUCCCAGUUGAUGGUGGCCUGUCCAUUUGA